AUGCCAGCUCCGGAGACUCCCGUUCACAGCAGUCUACUCAGACUCGUCGAAACCUACAACAACUUCGAAAAGACACCAGAUUACUGGGAAUUCGGCUAUUUCAAGGGAGAUGCUUGGCAGAAACUGGGGCUUAUUCGCUCUCAAGACGCCAACCUUCUACAAGAAUUGAAAAUGCCGCUGAAGAAAUAUCUUUCGUUCCUUGUUUCAACGAAAGUUAGGGAACCGAAUCGAGUUCAACUAGACUCGGCCCAUCUAGAGAAUUCGGAGACUUUCGUCAAUGCAACCAAAGAAAUAAGACAGAUCCUUUCUCCAAAAAAGGAUGCAUGUGAAGGCAAAUUUGGCCAAAGCCUAUGGGCUGACAAGGAAGAAAUGUGGCCGCUGUAUGGUACGGAUAUCAAGACCGGCUUUCUCUGUGGCUUGUCCCCCGUCUUCGGUAUCGUAACGACCGGUGUUCAUCUGAAUAUCUACAAGCGUGAUGGCGCCAGCUUUCGUAUUUGGGUCGCACGACGUUCUGGCAAAAAAAGCUUUGCCGGCAUGUACGAUCAGUGCGCUGCUGGGGGCUACCAGUACAAACUCAUGGAGCCAGAUAUCCAGCAGUACGGCGACUCUCAUGACACGUCUACAAAAGCAUGUAUUGAACGGGAGGUUAAGGAGGAACUAAGGGAAGGUUUACGAGAAGAUUGGAUCAACAAAAUCAAGGGACCCCAUGCGAUUCAAUACGCUUAUAUUCGGGACGCGCGAUCAGGAAGCCUUGCCAAUACUCCUGAACUUGGUGUCAAGAUUGCGUACGAUCUCGAACUGAAUGAAGACCCAAUUCUCGAUAAGUUCAAUACGGAAGAAGUCAAAUGCAUUGAAACCAAAUCAGUCGAGCAGAUUGUUCAGCUUCUUCUUAUGGAUCAAUUCAAGCCAAAUUGCGCACUCGUUAUGGUCGAUUUUCUGAUUCGACUUGGCUGUCUGAGGGAGUCCGUUUCGAGCGAUGCUAUACUGAGCAUGAAAAGAAUGCUCAACCAACACCCAGCUGUAGAGUAUCUUCCUCAUUGGAAACUGGGUCAAGAGACGAAUAUGUCAAGGGGGGGGGGGGGGUGUCACGCUGAGCGUGGACUCUGA